AUGUUCGCUGCACCGACACGGUCCGUCCUGCGGAGGGCGCUCCAGGCCACCGCUGGCCCCUCGUACAGGUCCAGCGCCGCCUUUUCCACGUCAAGGAUCGUCUCUAGGGGGCCCAAGGGCGGCAAGGGAAAGGAGCCUGAGGUGGAGGCUGAGCCAGCAGCAGCACAGAAGCCGACAGCGGUCGCGAGCACAUCAUCGACGCCAUCGAUCCCGUCGGCCGCGCCACCAGGCACUGUGCUCGCCGGCCUCUCGAUCCUGAAAGACAAGGCCGACCCCGUCGCGCUCGAGGACGCUGCGUACCCACCAUGGCUCUUCAAGCUGCUCGACGACCCUUCGAUCGCCUCUGCCUCGUCCCUCGCCGCCUUCGAGACGGCCGGAAUGUCCAAGGGCGAGGCGCGCGCCGCGGCCAAGCGCAACGCCAAGCUCGCCCGCGCCGCCCAGCUGGCAAAGGAAAAGGCCGAGGCAAAGGCGGGCGCUGGCCUCAACAAGGCCGCCCCCGCAACGGACGGAGAGUUCCCCGUCGAGGGCCUCAGCAGCGAGGCAAUCUCUGCCGGCCUGGCGGACGCAGCCGUUCGCGGGGAGAUCGACCUCCAGGCAGAGACGCGCGAGCGCGAGGAAAAGGAGCGGAAAAAGGCCAUGAGGAAGGCCAACAAGGAGAAGAUCAAGGCGAGGAACUUUGUCAGCGCUAGCUAG